UCUCGUUGACUUCUCAAACCCCGGCCUGGUCUGCUUGGUUUGUUUUUGCAAGCUUUGCCGGAAGUGUAGCGAUUUUGUGCCUCUGGGUUUAGAAACUCUGUCGGAAAUGUUCUUAUUCGAUUGACGUACUUCCGGGUCACUUCCGUGUUAUCCAGUCGUCACGUUUCAAGUACAAUUUUUGUAAAGCAAAUUGUAAAAAAAUAUGUGAAAAGUUGGUCACGAGUGUCGUAAAACCAUGAAGAUUGUCAGUUGGAACAUUAAUGGCAUAAGAACUUUCAAGGGCGGAAUUAAAAAUGCGCUUGAGUCGCUGGAUGCUGACAUCGUAUGUGUCCAAGAGACAAAAGUAACAAGAGACCUGCUGGAUGAGAGGACUGCUAUUGUUGAAGGUUAUAACUCAUAUUUCAGCUUUAGUCGUGGACGCAGUGGCUACUCAGGAGUUGCUACUUACUGCAAAGACAGUGCCACCCCAUUUGCUGCAGAAGAGGGCUUGACCGGUCUGCUGACCACCAACCACGAGGGAACCAUUGGAUGCUAUGGUGACUCGAGUGAGUUCUCCAGUGAGGAGCUGCAGCUCCUGGACAACGAGGGAAGGGCUGUUCUCACACAGCACAGAGUCAUGUGUGAAGACACACCUGAAACAGUUACGGUUAUCAAUGUAUACUGCCCACGAGCUGACCCAGAAAAGCCUGAACGUAAACAUUUCAAACUGCAGUUCUACAAGCUGCUUCAAUGUCGGGCUGAAGCAAUUUUAGAAACUGGGAGCCGUGUAAUCAUCUUGGGAGAUGUGAAUACCUCCCACCGGCCCAUAGAUCACUGUGACCCAGAUUACAUAGAUGAUUUUGAGGAUCACCCCGGGAGGAAAUGGCUAAACGGUUUACUGGUUGAUGACAGUGAAGGAAAGGAGUAUGAAAAAAACAAUGAGGAGUCUGAGAAUACCUCAUCAAAACCCCUCCGCAGCGGCAUGUUUGUGGACACCUUCCGCCAUUUUCACCCAACACGCUCCAAGGCCUUCACCUGUUGGAACACUAUGACUGGAGCCAGGCAGACCAACUAUGGCACACGUAUCGACUACAUCUUCGCAGACCAUCCCUUGGUUAAAAUGGGGUUUGUGGCAGCAGACAUCAUGCCAGAGGUGGAGGGGUCUGAUCACUGCCCUGUCUGGGGGAAACUGUGCUGCCCCCUCCUGUCCAGCGCCAAGCUGCCUCCCCUCUGUACCCGCAACCUACCAGAGUUCGCUGGCAGGCAGCAGAAACUCUCACGCUUCCUCGUCAAGAUGGACCAACAACAACCUGACAGAGAGUCUUGCAGGGACCCACUACCAGGAUCUCAGGAGACUGGGGAGACCCGAGAGAACCUGAAUCCACUGGGAUCAGCAGGGACCACCUCUACUGGAAUGAAACGGAAGUUGGCAGUGGAAUCUUGUGUCCCAAAGAGCAAAAAGAUUAUGACACUGAAGGCUGCUACCCCAAAGCCCCAGGGCAACCUCCUAGCAUUUUUCAAGCCCAAAUCCAUACCUGUGGCCCCGACCAGGGAAGACCCUGUGAGUCAGUGUGAGAGGGGAGAAGAGAGAAAUGAAGUGACCCCAUCACAACCACAUACCUUCAAGGGAGGACAUUCUGCAGGACGAGAUGUUCCAUCAAUUCCAGGCACACCGUGCACAGAAUAUCCCCAGGGUGUCUGUAUGAGAGACAAAGUCCAUGUACCGGGCAGCAACAUACAGGAUGCCAGUGUCAAUAGUCAAAACCAGGAGAAGGAUGCAGCCCUGGCUUCUGAGGCUACUGUAGAUCCCCCAUGUCCCAGGAAGGGGGCUUCACUGGGCGGGUUCUGGAAGACGGUCCUGCGUGGGCCACCUCCACCGCCCCCCUGUAAGGCUCAUGGGGAACCAUGUGUACUCCGCACAGUCAAGAAGGCAGGUCCAAACAUGGGCAAGCAGUUCUUUGUGUGUAACCGCCCUCAGGGCCAUGCAUCCAAUCCCGAGGCUCGCUGUAACUACUUUUCUUGGGUGGAUAAAGGAAAAUAGUGACUAUGCCGUAGAAACGCACUGACAUUUCCUCCAUGUGGUGGUUUUAUAAGCAUUGUUAAUCUGUUUGAUAUAUUAGUCAAAUAAAGACAGUAGUUUUAUAAAUGUUUUAACUUCGCUAAUGUAUUUCACGUAAUCACAUUGGGGCCUUUCUCACCACAUGACAAGCAUCCCAAAGAUUCUGUUGGUGUGUAUUUUUACUGCUUAUGAAAUUACAAUGGAUGCUGAACUUAGUCACAGAGUGAUCUGUUUCUCUUCAUCUAUAGUGCAGCAUGAAUAUACAGUGUUUAUUUUCAGAAAAUAGUAUUCCUUGUGUUCUUUAUGAACUCAAGUAUGAUCAUCAUAGGUCUGCAUCAGUAUUUCUACAAUUAUCUCAAUGUAAUUAAUCAUUCUAUAGAGCUCAAAUAUGGAGUUGGGUAUGCCAAGGUUUCAUAUCCUUCCUAUGCUUAUGAAUAUUAAUAUUUAUUUAUGGUCUUUUAACUUUGCAUGUCGUGCUGAGGAGGCUCUUGUGCAACCAUUAGAGUCCCCAUAUUAUUUCUAUUUCCCCUAUUUAAUUUACAACACAGUGCUGAUGGCAGUAGUUUCCAUUACAAUUGGUCACCUUACUAUAGAGGUUCUAGGUAAGAUGGCCCCAAAAAAGUUAUAUAUUUUUGUCUGAUGACAACUUUAUUCUCAGAUCAAUAUGUUUAAUCAAAUCAACGUUUUUGUCACGUGCGCCGAAUACAACAGGUGUAGACCCCACAGUGAAAUGCUUACUUACAGGCUCCAACCAAUGGUGUGGGAAAAAAGGCAUGUGUGUGUGUGGG